AAAGUAUAGUGGAGAAAAUAAUUGAGUUCUGGAGGAGGGACCAUUUAUUAAUUAGUCAGUCAAUGGGAUCCAGCUCUCUCCUCUCUUAUCUUCAAGUUCAUAUUGAAGAGCUGGUAAUUGAAACCUGAAAGAGCAAUAUAGGCAUCAUGGCCGUGGUGCCGGACUUUGUUCUAGACAAAGCAUUCGAAGCCGUGUAUGUUGGCGUUCAAGACCUGAUCGUCAAGAAUUUCAUUUUUAAGUCUCUCUUCAACGACGUCAGAUCCAGGCUCGAUGAUUUGGCUCCACUGAUCAAGGAGAUGGCGCAAUACAACCAGAAAAUGGGUCGCCCAGAGAAGGAACUGGAAGCUUUAAAGGGAGUCAUGGAGAAAGGCCAAGAGCUCGUCAACAAGUGCUCAACGAUUACGCGAUGGAGCCCCUUCAAAAAGUACAAGUACGCCAGGAAACUUCUCCAAUGGCAGGAAUCUCUUAAAACACCGUUAGAGAAACUCAAGGUGCAAGAAUCAAUGCAGAUAAUGAAGAUCGAUGGCACGGUUGAUGAUAUUCAUCGCAUGAUGCUGAAACAACAACCCGCAGAAAGUUCAAGUAGUACACGACUUGAACUUCCACCACUUCCACGGCUUAUAGUUGGACUGGAUGGUCCUUUGAAUGAUUUGAAGAAAAAGCUUCUUGCGGAUGAUGGGGUGUCGAGGCUUGUGCUCACUGCUCCUGGAGGCUGUGGGAAAACCACUCUCGCCACAAUGUUUUGUCAAGAUGAAGAGGUCAAAGGUAAAGUCAAGGACAAUAUUAUCUUCAUUACUGUUUCACAAAAAGGCAAUUUGGAACUUGUUGUGAAACGACUUUGUGAAUCCGAGAGUUCUCCGGUUCCUACUUUCCAAAACAAAGUACAUAUGCUUCAAUGGAUGCAAACAUUUUUCAAGGGAAGACAGAAUCCUUUGUUGUUGGUCCUCGAUGAUAUUUGGUCUGGAUCAUCAGAAUCCAUUCUUCAUAGCUUUCAAUUUGAAUCGUCCAAUUACAAGAUUUUAGUAACAUCAAGAUCUGAAUUUCCAGAUUUUGGUUCUUCAUAUCCAUUAAAAUUAUUGGAUGAUGACAAAGCUAUGAAACUUUUUUAUCACUCAGCAUCAUUGGGAGAUAAGUGCUCUCCUGAACGAGAAGAACUCUCAAGAAAGAUAGUAAAGCGUUGCAACGGAUUUCCACUUGCUAUUACAGUGGUUGGAAGAUCACUUUCUGGGCAACCUAUAGAGGUCUGGAGAAAAAGAGUAUCUGAAUGGUCUAAAGAUUCUUGUAUUCUUGAUGCUGAGACGGAAUUGUUUCUUUGUCUCCAAAGCAGCUUAGAUGCUUUGGAUAAAAGACUUGCAAUUGUCAAGGAUUGUUACUUGGACCUGGGAUCUUUUCCUGAAGACAAAGAAAUCCGAGUUGAUGACCUCAUUGAUAUGUGGGCAGAGUUAUAUGAUAUAGAUGAUGACAGUGUGAUCUUUGCAAAUGUCUAUGAACUUGCCAAUAGGAAUCUGGCUAAUCUGGUUGACAAAAGGCGGAGCGAUAUGAAGAUGGAGGGGGACGAUUUCUACGGUCAACGGUUUGUGACCCAACAUGAUUUGCUUAGAGAGCUAGCUAUUUACAAUGCUAAGCUAGACCCGGUAGAGCAAAGAAAAAGAAUGAACAUAGAAAUAAGGGGAAAAAAAAUCCCCAAGUGGUGGAGAGAACAAGAAUGUCACCCCAUCAAGGCUCGCUUGUUAUCUAUUACUACAACUACUGACUUCGAUAUGGAGUGGCCCAACUUGCAACUGCCAGAAGCAGAAGUUUUUGUCUUGCAUUUUCAGAGCCCAAGUAGGUACAGCUUGCCCGCGUUUGUACAGAAAAUGGAUAAAUUGAAGGUACUGGUAAUAGACGGCGGUAGGGAAUUAAUAAAUUUUGAACUACUCGGUUUGUUACCAAAUCUAAAGAGAAUCAGUUUAAUUCGUCUCCGGAUUGGUUUCUUGACCCACAAGCCCAUACAACUGAAAAGUCUAAAGAAGAUAUCUUUCAAGUCAUGUGACGCGGAGGGUAUCGGCAAAGGUGUUUUCAGAAUGUCGGAUGCAUUUCGGAAUUUGGAGGAAUUAAACUACUCCGAAGAAUUUCGGAAUGUCGGGUACCGUCGUCAUUUAAACUCCGAAGAAUUUCUUGUGGAGUGCUGCAAUCUGAUUCAUUUAAAGAAGAUUAGUAUCUCUUUUGGGCGACGUGUCACCUUGCUACUUGACUUUAUUGCUGGGCUACGUGACUUUUUGCCCGAAGAAAUCGGAAAUCUGGUCAACUUAGAAGUACUGAGGCUAAGGUCUUGUAUUUUUCUUUCAAAGCUUCCCAGUUCCAUCAGCAACCUCAAAAAGUUAAACUUCCUUGACAUAUCUGAAUGCGUGAACAUUGAGUUGCCUAAAAACAUUGGUGAAUUGAGCAGUUUAAGAAAGGUGGACAUGAGGAAUUGCUACAGUGUGAAAGAGCUGCCUCCAUCAGUUUCGGAUCUUCAUCAGUUAGAGGAAGUGAUAUGCAACCGUGAAGACAAAGGCAGUUUAUGGGAACCCUUUCUACCCACCCUCACAAACCUACGCGUGGUGGUGAUUCCUCGAACCCAACGAAGUUUGUUGGAAACUUUCAGCGACGGUUGGAGCAGCUAGCGUUUCUGCCACACAACAGCCUCCUGUGACCCCCUGCUACCCAGCGCCUCCACUUCAUCUGAUCAGUUAAUUGGCUAGCCUUUGCCAGCGAAGGAGAAGAAAAAAGAGAGAGAGAAAGAAGGAGUAGCCCACGUGCUGGGCAGAAAAAGGAAAAAAAAAAGAGAAAGAAAGAGAAGGAGCGGGCCCAGAAGAAGAAAAGAAAGAAAAGGAAGAAGAAGAAACGGAAGAAGAAAAGAAAAUAGUGGGCCCCGCGGCCCACUUGCCACUAGAAGACCAGAAAGAAAAGGAAGAAAGAAAGGUUCAAGCCCAGAAGCCCACUGCUGCACCUGGCCCACUGACGACACCAGGCCCAAGCCUUCGGCCUAGAAGCCCACUGACGUCAUCAGCCACGUCAACGCCCAGUCAGCACCAGCUCCCCGGUCAACCCUUCGGUCAACACCGGUCAACCCUCAGGUCAACGCCGGUCAACCUUUUUCCGGCCGACUUUCCGGCAACUUUUCCGGCGACUUUUUCCGGCCAAAUUUCCCGGCGACUUAUUUCGAGGUAUUUUUUACUAAACGUUCCCGUUUUUUAGAGUUUUUAAAUUCAAUUUCUCUUCUUUUCUCGGGGACUUUCAACCUCCCUUCUUCUACCCCCCUUUCUUCUUCAUAGGGGAGACCAAAAGCCGAACUGUGGGGGUUCGUGCUCACUCCAAGCUUGGAGCUUGUAGAGUCCUCCAAACUUAGAGUUUGUUGAGAAGAAAAACGAUCGACCACAUACAUCAUUGUUUCGAUCUAAUCCAAAACCCCUCUUGGAAUCGGAUUUUCUUGGAAGCGACUAUGCUCAGAAAAUCCCUAAUUUCUUGGAAGCGACUACGCUCGGAAAUUCCUAAUUUCUUGGAAGCGACUACGCUCAGGAAUUUUAUAUGUUUUCGUGGUAGCCUUUCACGCUCCGAAACUAACCCUAAUUUCUUGUUCUCUUUCAGGAUGAGUAACCUGAACAAAUUGGACUUUGCUCCAUUGGGAACAACUGGCUCUGAAUAUCACAGGUGGGUUCGUGAUAUCCGCCAGCAUCUCAAGGCCGAUGGAAUCUUGAAUACGAUUCUCGAGCCUAGCCAGGACGUGCUAACUGUUGAGCAAGCUCAAGCUUUGGAAGCAAAUAGAGCAGCCUUAGAGGCAAAUAAGGCGAAAGCCGUCAUCCUAAUGACUCGUCAUAUGGAUGAUUCGCUCCAGUACGAGUGUAUGAAUGAAGAAGACCCCAGAAGGUUGUGGGUCUCACUCGAAGAAAGAUUUGGCAACGUCCGUGACUCCUUCCUUGCUUCCUGACCUAGGAUAGCCUCUGCUCCUAUGAUUUCAAGUCAGUUCUUGACUACAACUCGGAAGCACUUCGCAUUAAAUCCUUAAUGGAAUUCUGUGGUAAAGAUAUCACAAAUGCGAUGUUGAUUGAGAAGACUCUCUCUACCUUCCCCGUUUCUGCAUUGAUGGUUGC